AUGUCCACUGAAGAUACUGAUAGUACCAUGACGCAAUCACCAGACAUAAUGUCCCUGCAGAUGAUAUCAGCUAUUAAUAAUUCAUCCUUGAUUCAGCCAGGCUUUUCUCUGCUGAAUUUUGAUGGGCAGGUUUUUUUUUUUGGACAGAAAGGCUGGCCAAAGAGAUCUUGCCCCACUGGAGUUUUUCUCCUUGACUUAAAAAAAAAUGAACUCAAAUUGAAGCCUGCAUUUUUCUCUAAGGAUUCCUGCUAUCUUCCCCCUCUCCGUUACCCUGCUGUCUGCCCUCUCAGGGGCAGAACAGAGUCUGAGAAAUGCCAGUAUGUCAUCCAUGGUGGGAAAACACCAAACAAUGAACUAUCUGAUAAGAUUUAUGUUAUGGGUAUAGCAUGCAAGCCUGGCAAGAAAAUCACCUUUAAAUGCACGGAGAAAGAGUUAGUUGGGGAUGUUCCUGAAGCCAGAUAUGGCCAUACCAUUAAUGUAGUUCAUAGCCGAGGUAAAAGCAUGAGUGUUAUAUUUGGGGGAAGGUCAUAUAUCCCUCUUGGACAAAGAACCACAGAAAAAUGGAAUAGUGUAGUAGACUGUAUGCCCCAUGUGUUUUUGGUUGAUUUUGAGUUUGGAUGCUGUACCUCAUACGUCCUUCCAGAGCUUCAGGAUGGACUUUCUUUCCAUGUCUCCAUUGCCAGAAAUGAUACCAUCUACAUCCUAGGGGGUCAUUCUCUUGAAAAUAACAUCAGACCCCCCAACCUAUACAGGCUAAAAAUUGACCUGCCACUAGGCAGCCCAGCUGUGAGCUGCACCAUCUUGCCUGGGGGGAUCUCUGUCUCCAGUCCUCUUGUGACUCAGACUGGCGAUAAAGAGUUUGUCAUGGUUGGGGGCUACCAGUGUGACAACCAGAAGAGGAUGUUUUGUAAUACAAUCUCUUUAGAAGAUAACAACAUAGAGAUUGUGGAAAGGGAGACCCCAGACUGGACACCAGAUAUUAAACACUGCAAGAUAUGGUUUGGUAGUGAUAUGGGUAAUGGGGCCAUAUUGCUUGGUAUACCAGGGGACAACAGGCAACUAAUUUCAGAUGCAAACUACUUUUACAUUUUGAGAUGUGGAGAAACAAGAGAAGAUGACGAGGAGGCGGCACAAACUUGCAGUCAGACAUCUACAGAAGACCCAGGGGACUCCACUCCAUUUGAAGAUUCAGAGGAGUUCUGUUUUAGUGCCGAAGCCAAUCGUUUUGACGAUGAUGAUAUUGACACCUAUAACGAAGAUGAUGAAGAAGAUGAAUCAGAAACAGGCUACUGGAUCACCUGCUCUGCCAACUGUGACAUUGACAUCAACACUUGGGUCCCUUUCUAUUCGACUGAACUGAACAAGCCAGCUAUGAUCUACUGUUCCAAUGGAGAUGGCCAUUGGGUCCAUGCUCAGUGUAUGGACCUGUCUGAGGGCAUGCUCAUACGUCUUUCAGAGGCAAAUGUCAAGUACUUCUGCAAUGAGCAUGUUGAUCUUGCUAGAGGGCUGCAAACACCGAAGAAGGUUCUGCCUGUGAAAAAACAACCCAUGAAACUACUGCGCAGAAAAACAUCCAUGAAGUUAGCAACUCCAGUGAAAAAAUCUUUUCUUCGGAGGUUAUUUGAGUAG